UAUAGCCAUCUGCUAGUCGAUGACACAGUCGAUGAUGUUGCACGCCACCAUUGGUUAAUUCAUGUAACUUCGGCGCAGGGGAACGCGAACCGGAGUAUCGACGUCCUUGAUAACCCGUGAACUCCGUGCCAAGAACAAUUCCUAGAUUCGGAAACUGACCAGGAAAAGUAAACAGAAGAUUUGCAGUUCAUUUUUAUUCUGUUAUUUUGUUUUAUCGUUUCAGAGGAGACAAGUAGCACUUUGAAACGUUGGAGACUGAGGUUUAAAGUCCCGACCGAAAGAGACAGUCUUCCCUCUCCUCUGCACGCGUCGUUUGCCAUGGCUUUGACAACCUGUACCAGAUUUACCGACGAGUUUAAUCUCUACGAAGAGCUGGGAAAGGGAGCUUUCUCCAUAGUGAAAAGAUGUAUGAGGAUCUCCAGCGGACAGGAGUAUGCUGCCAAAAUCAUCAACACUAAGAAGCUAUCUGCUCGGGAUCACCAGAAGCUGGAGAGAGAGGCCAGGAUUUGUCGUCUGCUCAAGCACCCCAAUAUCGUGAGGCUCCAUGACAGCAUAUCAGAGGAGGGAUUCCACUACCUGGUCUUUGACUUGGUGACUGGUGGGGAGCUGUUUGAGGACAUCGUAGCCAGAGAGUACUAUAGCGAAGCAGACGCCAGCCAAUGCAUACAGCAGAUUCUAGAAAGUGUAAAUCAUUGUCACCAAAGUGGUAUAGUUCACAGGGACAUGAAGCCUGAGAACCUGCUCCUGGCCAGUAAGCUGAAGGGAGCAGCGGUAAAGCUGGCAGACUUUGGUCUGGCCAUCGAGGUGCAGGGAGACCAGCAGGCAUGGUUCGGUUUUGCGGGAACCCCAGGCUACUUGUCCCCAGAGGUUCUGAGGAAAGACCCCUAUGGGAAACCUGUGGACAUGUGGGCCUGUGGUGUGAUCCUCUACAUUCUCCUGGUGGGCUACCCUCCCUUCUGGGACGAAGACCAGCACAGACUGUACCAGCAGAUCAAGGCUGGGGCCUACGACUUUCCGUCCCCUGAGUGGGACACGGUGACCCCCGAGGCCAAAGACCUGAUCAACAAGAUGUUGACCAUCAACCCUGCCAAGAGGGUCACCGCCACAGACGCACUCAAACACCCCUGGAUCUGCCAACGGUCCACCGUGGCGUCCAUGAUGCACAGACAGGAGACGGUGGAGUGCCUGAGGAAGUUCAACGCCCGGAGGAAACUCAAGGGUGCUAUCCUCACCACCAUGCUGGCCACACGCAACUUCUCAGCAGCCAAGAGCCUGCUCAACAAGAAAGCUGACGGCGUCAAGAUCAACAACAAGACCAAUGUAGUCACCAGCCCCAAAGAGCCCCCCACACUGGAGCCUCAAACCACUGUUCUCCACAACCCAACUGAUGGAAACAAGGAGUCCAGCGAGAGCACUAACACCACCAUGGAAGAUGAGGACGUGAAAGCUCGUAAGCAGGAGAUCAUCAAAGUGACUGAGCAGCUGAUUGAGGCCAUCAACAAUGGAGACUUUGAAGCCUACACGAAGAUCUGUGAUCCCGGCCUGACAUCCUUUGAACCAGAGGCCUUGGGAAACCUAGUGGAGGGAACUGACUUCCACAAGUUCUACUUUGAGAACGCUCUGUCCAGGAGCAAGCAAGGGCCCGUCCACACCAUCCUGCUCAACCCCCACGUGCACCUGAUCGGCGAGGAUGCGGCGUGCAUCGCCUACAUCCGCCUCACCCAGUACAUGGACGCCAGCGGCAUGCCGCGCACCAUGCAGUCAGAGGAGACGCGCAUCUGGCAGCGCCGUGACGCCAAGUGGCAGAACAUCCACUUCCACCGCUCCGGCUCACCCACUGUGCCCGCCAAGUAAGGUGACUAGAGUUGAGAUGACGCCCUAUCCUGCAGCUGUUGCUGAUCUAUGGAACCACCUACCAAGUGUCUGUCACAUCCUCAUCCGAUCUCGGCCCAACUCUGCCAUCUCAGAGUGUUGUUUACAUAUCGUCGAUGCUGAACUGAAGAUUCUUCUUGCAAAAGAUAAAAAGGAAAUACACAACAAUCUUGACGAUAUAAUUUUGUAUUUUAUCAUUUGAGUGAAAAUGUUGUUUUAUCACCUUCUGUCUCAUCGCAGGACAUUUAUAACUAAACAUUUUUUUUUAUUUUUAUUCUGAAACAAUGAUUUCCUCUUUUUGAACAUGUUUUAUGUUUGAAUGGGAAAACGUUCAAUCUUCAAUAUUAUCAGUGUCAGGAACAAGGUAUUCAUCUCAUCUGAAUAUUACACAUCAAUCCCAAUAACUGAACUGAUAUAGGUUUAGCCUUAAACCAACAUUGCAGUCUGUCAAUCCUUCUUUAAAUGUCAGUCUUUGUGCAGAAAAAUCUAAGAACAUAAGUGAACGACAAACAUGAGCUUGCUUUUAUUUUGGUGAUGUAUAGACUUGUGAUUGAUGUGAAUCGCUAUAUCUUUGCUUAAACUCUGGAAUAUUGAACUGUUUAAUUAUGAGCUUAGUUUGCAAUCUUUUAACAAUUCAAGAUGUUCUCAACUGGCUCAAUAUUAAGUAUGAUUACUGGGAAUUUUUAUUGACAGUUUAUGUUAAGGGAAAAAUGGUAUCCUAUGUUUUAUAAUAUACGUUUGUCUACAUCAUCACAAUGUGACCGAAUUCUCAAUGACUGAUCUAUAGAUUACAUUCUUUCUUGCACUUGUAUUACUCAAAGCCAUUGUAUGACAUAUGGAACACUGUUUAAAAGUCUAAUCAUGAUAUUUUCAUAAGGAUGAUGAUAAUUAUGUGAAUUUUAUUGGUUCUAUAUUUUUUGGGGGAACUAUUGACCCUUUCAUGUAUAGCGAAUGGAUCUGUUUCUUUAGUGUAGCAUCUCUCUCCCCAACCCCGUGUCCAUGCGUAAGAACCUAUGGAAGACAAAUAGCCUUUUACCACUGACACCUGGGUGUUAGUUAAUCUACUUGACAAGUUGAAACACACAAUGUUUUAUACUGAGAAGGGAGACGGUCAUAUGGGAUCACAUUGUUCUGGUUAGUUUUUCCUAGUCGGUAGAGAUUUUCAUAAAUGGGUGUUUAGGUUGGUUUUGCUGAUGGAAAUGUAAGGGAGUUAGAGAUGCAGUAAUAUUGAAUCAGGGUCAACCUAGAAUAUUGGGAUUGGCAAAGAAGUAAUCCAUUUGGGAUUAAAGGCUCUGUGUAGGUUUGCCAUUAGGAUGUCCACUGUGGUGUUAAUUAACCAUUACUUUCCCCAUUUAUUCCUACAGGAAUGGUGAGACAAUUUUGUUUUUUAAGUUACGUUGAACUGUACUAUGGGACAAAGUGUAUAUUGUUAUGAUGAGAAAGGACUGAUAAAUGUUUAAGAAAUAUCAAAUAAAAUGUGAUUUCUGCCAAAUCUCUUAUUUCCAUGUCACUUUGCCCAUAGCUUAAAGUUUGUGAGGUGAUCACUGUAAUAAACCAAUAAAAAUACAUUUUAAAAGAA